CACGGAAGCGCAUUGCUGAGACCGGAUGUGACGCAGCCUCGUCAGCCGUUGUUUAGCCUGCAGGAAGCUAAGCUGCAGCUCUUCAGGAGGAACCGAGGGACGUAAUGCUGCAGCUCCUCCAGCGCUGCCGCUGCCGGGGCUUCCGCCUGUCACCUCACAAACAUGGCUGCCUCUGCCAGGACCAACAGCAGACACCCGGCUCCCGCUGCCGCUGACAGCCCGAGCUGCCGCGAGGAGCCGCGGGAGAUAAUAACACCCACCAUCGUGGAGCUGACCAAAGAAGUGAGGACGAACAUCCUCUGCACCGUGAAGGGAUGUGGCAAGAUCCUCCCCAACUCACCUGCGCUCAACAUGCACCUCGUCAAGUCCCACAGAGUCAAGGAUGGUAUUGUCAAUCCCACGGUCAGAAAGGACAUGAAGGGCUCUCAGAGGCUGUACUGCUGUCCCAUUGAGGGCUGUCCCAGGGGGCCCAACAGACCCUUCUCCCAGUUCUCCCUGGUAAAACAACACUUUAUGAAGAUGCAUGCAGAGAAGAAACACAAGUGCACCAAGUGUAACAAUGGCUACAGCACAGAGUGGGACCUGAAGAGGCACAUAGAGGACUGUGGCAGAACCUACCAGUGUUCAUGUGGCUGCCCCUACGCCAGCAGGGCUGCUCUACUCUCACAUAUCUACAGGACAGGACACGAGCUUCCUACAGAACACAGAAUUCCUCCAGUAAAAAAGCGGAAAAUGGAGAAACAUUUAAGUGAUUCUGAAAAGGUUAAGACCAACGAGCCGACCUGUCAGAUCAUGCCCGCUACUAUGGAGCUGACGGCGACUACUCCCCCCUCUCAUACGACCAUCCACAUCCCAGACUCAGUGAGUCAGAACUCUAACCCUCGGAAGAGCCUCCAGAAGCUGCUUCUACCAAAGCCCAAGAUGGCAUUGGUCAGUGUUCCCGUGAUGCAGCUGGCCCACCUGCCUGUCCUCCUCCCAUCCACAGAAAGUGGUGCUCUGAGGUCUGUAGUUCUGGCAGUCGACAGUCAAGGUUCUGUCAGCACCCUUCAUCUCCUGCCGCAAACCACCGGAGCAGUAGUGCCCCAACUUGACACUAAGAGUCUUGGUUUCAAGGACAGUAUGCAGACUUCCCGUUCUAGCCUGGGGCCUGUUAGCACAGGAGUCCAGGUCAGUCUGGACUCUGCAGGCGCUGAGGAGUCACUUGGCAGCCUGGCAGGACAACGGGGAAGGAGCACCUCUACCAACAUUCAGACAGACAAAUCCUACUUGUCGAAAAUGCCCACAGGAGUGGUUGUAGGAGAGGGAAUAGGCUUGUGCUCUGUGGGUGAGUCCUCGGUGUCGUCUUGCUCCCAAACAGACAUCAGUGUAAGUGCCCAGGUCCUCCUCCCAGUCAGUGUUGAGACCCAGACAUUUGCCUCCCAAGCCAAAGCCACGUCCACUAUAGGAGCUCAGACAGACGGCCAGUGUCCGAGCCCAAUUCCGUGCUCCUCCUCAUCAUCUGUGCUCCCACACAAAACCAGGCAAACACAGACACAUUUCACCACGCCACAAUCAGAGGAGAGGCCGCAGGACCAAGCUAUCAUGUGCAAUGACCUAUUUGGCAGUGACUCCCUGAGCGUCUCCACCCAGACAGCUCUGGACAUACAUGACACCCUCACCGCUGAAGGAAGCAGUAUGUAUGAGGACACAAAGUCAGCAGGUGGUAUGUGUUUUGGGGUGCAGACAGACGAGCUCAACUCAAACAACAUGGCUGACAACCAGACCCAAACGAUGACCUUGUUAAGUGACUUGGAGACUAUUCUAUCUAACAGCAUGUCCGGCCACCAGGUGCUCACAGAGGCCUCUGCAACCUGUGGCUCAGGGCUGGGCUCAGUUCAGGAGCAACACAAUGGUAUAGACUUUGACUUUGAAGAGUUCCUCAAUGCUGUGCAUAUUCAGACACAGACAGAGGAAAGUGAGCUGGGAGGACUGGGCAGUGACACGCCUCUGGAGUCUCUGGACAUCCAGACCCAGACAGACUUCCUCCUGAUGGAUGAAUUGGACCAAAGCGAGGGACCAAGUCGCACCCAGGCCAGCAAUCUGGAGCUAUUUGAUACUCAGACACAGACUGACCUCAAUUUCCUGCUCAACGCCGGAAGCCAGAUGCCCCUGAGCAGCAUCCUGCGACAUUCAAGCUUUUCCAUUAGUACAGAGUCCUCAGAUACAGAAACACAGACCGAUCUCCCUUCAUUUGCCGCUGGCCUCUCUGCUCAGACCCCUGUCAGUCAGGGGGACCAUGCUAGGCUGCUCAACAGCACUGAGACGCAGACUGUGACCAGUCAGGCAGAAGGCCUGGGACACCUCUUUCUGACCAGCAAUGAAACACAGACUGUCAUGGAUGACUUCUUGUCUGCAGACCUGGCCUGGAAUAUGGAGUCUCACUUCAGCUCUGUGGAAACCCAGACAUGUGGGGAGCUCUAUGCUCUCUUUCAACACCCUGAGAAACCCAACAGUUGAAGCCCUCAUAGUGAAGCUGCCUAAAGCUUUUGCUGAACGGGCUUCUAGUGUUUGCUUCUUCCUGCUAGAGGAGUCGGUCUCUGCUGUCCUCUGGCAGGUAAUAGUCUUAGCCGUAAGAAGUCGGUAGAAAUAUCUUGGAUCAUUCCACAGGGGCGUCAUGUCCAGAGCCUGCCCAGAUAUAGACCCUGACUGCUCCGCUGCACUUUAAUUCACUCAGUGGGCAUGGUUGAACAGCUCCUCUGACAGUUUACAUAUUUAUUUGCACAUAAAGUAACAUAUUGUAUGUGUCUUGUCUUAAAUGCAAGUUAACUUUGAUAUUUCAGUGUUUAACCUCUGUGACUGGUUUCACUGUUGGGUCCUUCUAGUAGUUUAAAAAUAACAUUUCAUCAAUGUUAGAUCUGCACUUAAAGGGAUGCCAUCUUUUGCUGUCAAGAAAAGGCUUAUGAAAAAGAUGCAACUGUAUCACAGCUUUCAGAUAUGCAUAAACUGCAUGAACACAUUUCCAUCUGUUGUACAGUAAAUACAAUAUUGUACAGUUUAGUUUACGUAUGUUGGUCAGCAGCACAAACGUAAAAUGUUGAUUCUCAUCUUGUGUAUCUGAUGGAAACCUCUUCCAUGUCCCUAUUAAGGCCUUGAACAAUGAUCUAAUGUGUUAGAAGGCAUCUCUGAAAUAUACCUUUACUCAUGCAGAUGUGGCACAACUCUAAAUUGAAUGUUCUCGUCUCGUCAGAUGUUGCACACUUUUCGUUUAAAUGUGAUUGUGAAGUAUGAUCUGUAAACUUGUUUGUGUCUGUGCAGCUGAGCAGUAAGUCAGUGAGGAAAAUUAGGGUGUUACUGUCUUUGACUUAUUUAUUAGCUGCAGGGUGUAAGUGUAUACAGUAGCAGUGCUCUGUGCUGAAGUGAUCCAGUUGUUUUCACUGUACAGACACAUUGUGGAUAAGAGCAAGGAUUAGCACAGUGCUAUUGUUUUUAUCCUCCACCUGAUUUUGACUGAAAGGAGACCUGUUGAAUUUCUUCUAUGAAAAUCCUUAGUGUCCUCCUUUAACAAUUUGGAAACAGUAUCUGAAUCUAAUUUUUAUUUUAUCUAUUCUCCAAGCAACUAAACGUAAUGUUUUUCAUGAUGUUGCUGCACUGAGUUACCUCACCAAGCACAGGCACCACGUAGGGACUGUGUUCUGCUUAAGAACAAGGAGCUGUAGGCCUUGUUUCUUUGUUUCGUUAUGUUUGGUUGGUGCCUUAACCCGAGUAUUAAGUUCAGAAUUAUACAAGAAUAUGUUUCGGUAAAUGACACUGAGAAGACGUCAGAAUCCUUUCAGACUUUGCUUUGCAUGUGUAAAACCUGUUGUCAUGGUAUUUUCCUCAUGGUUGCAUGAAAUAAUGGAAUUUACCUUAUCGUUCUCCAUGGUUUUGUGUAGAAAGAUUGAUUCUGGCACAUGAAAAUGAUGCUAUGCMGCAUUUUGUUGAAGAGAAUUAGUUUGAAGCCAUCUCACCAUGUUUAUAGACAGGCUGGUAACGCUUUUGCAGUUUAUAUACGUUUUUAGAAACUGAACAACGUACAGAAGAUGACACUGUGCCCAAGUGUGUAAUAUUUUUUACACCAUAUCCUGACAUUCAAGGAUAAUUUCCUGACGUAAUAAUUACUUUGACUUAUUUAAUUUCAACAUUUCUCGUAUUGAGAUUAGUUAUUCUAGUUUGUGGUUCUUGAACACUGCAUAGCUGCUCCCUGCUGGUUUAGAGGCAUGGGGAGGGGGGGUGCCUUUCUCAAAACAGAACAAUGUGUAGAAGCCUUGUCGGUCUCAAGUGUCUGUUACAGUGCUUUAUUUUUCUCUCUGUGGGGACUGCAUGCAGAAAUACAUCUUUGUUUUAACUCAAUCUGAGUUUUCUUGCCUGUUUGUUUAGAGUUGACGUUGCCUUGAUUAAUUGCUGAAGCUACACUACAGAUGUUCUUAAUAAACUGCUGGAAAACAUGCAUUAUGUUGUCAGUUAAUACAGCUCAAAGGUUGAAGAAAGAAACAACUCAAAUGAGGAAGGAAAGUGGAGUGUACGUUUUCACAAGGGUGUGGUAUGCUGAUGUCUGGUGUUUGGAGGUCAGGGCUGCAGCCUGAUUGGGAAGCUCAGCGUUUGCAACAGGCUCCUCUCUUCUUCCUCUCCUCCCACUUCUCUUAUCCAACAUGAAACAUCUUUCCUGCAAGUUCUCUCCCACUGAAGCCUUCCUGCCCCUGCAGAGCUGGCCGUCAACCUUGGGAUUCAGAUGCGGUGGCUUGAGUGGUGGUAAGAAUGUGAUAUUCUUGAUUGGAACCAUGAUGCUGUUGGGCUUGUGGCUGUGUUUCUGAGGCUUAAUAUGUCUUUUCUCUG